ACGGUUUUGUUUGAUCUGUGCGACCAGAAACGCUCUGUGUUGUUUUUGUGCUACCUGGUGUGGAUUAUCUCUGUACAUCUGAAAAGUAGCAUCGUGGUCGAUAUAACGUAUUUUAAUUUACCCUGAUAUGUGUAAUUAUUUAUCAUAUUGCUAAUCUACACAUGUGGAACGGCAUUUUGAACAACAGCCUUGUUGGUUGUUUCCAUGUUCUAAUCAUGGAGCAUUCAACUUUCGCUGACCGUCGACAGUGAUGCUGGUUCAAAAUCCCGCUAUACCAUGCUUUGCAGUCACUGGUGAUUAUUGUCCAUCUACAUCUACCCGAUCUACGCAUACACAACCAUUUCCACAACUUAUUGGCUUACCUGUGCCUAUCAGACUAGUAUUCAAUAAUCCUGAACAAUCAAUAAGUCAAUCUCAUUUCUCAUUAUUUCCAACUGGUCAAAGUGCUGAUACAACACAGAGUCAUCAUCAUCAGCAAGUUAGUUUCACCGGGGACUGCUUUUCAAAUAUUAUAACACCUGUAGUAGCUGUUAAUAUGCCUCGUCAUUCACGAUCCAAUGAUAAUCAUCAAGAGAUUGAAGCACCACUUUUCACAGAACCACUUGGUCCAGUUGCUGCUACAGGUUGUAAACGUGAUGCCUCUGCAUUAUCAGCCAAUUGUACAAUACCUCCUAUAACAACAACAACUACAACAGCAAAUUUACCAUUAGAUUCUAAUGAUCAAUGCACUAUAUAUCUUCCUCCGAAACCGAAAGAAUCUGAAAGGAUGAUGCAUAUUCAACGGUGGGUAAAUCAUCUACCUUGGAAUGCUAAUAAUAUAUGUGAUGCUUCCGGUAGAACUCAUGUACCUUAUCCUAUUCCUCUACGUCCUCAUAUAGAUGAGGAUCGUGAAUUAACACCUCCCCCUGGUCGAAAUUAUUUAACUCGACUACCAUUUACAGCUGAAGAACAACAAGCUAUGGUACGAUUUUUUCCCUCGCAUACAAAUCAAUAUAGACAUCAACAUCAAGGUCAUGCUGUUCCUGAUCCUCAACCUCGAUAUCAACAUCCAUUUCCUAAUCACUGUCCAAAUCAACAAACCUCUAAUAAUAAUAAUAACAAUAAUAAUAAUAAUAAUCACCAUUUUUCUUCAUCACAAAGACCUAGUCAAGAAGCAGGUAAUGUUUUCACACCUACUGGUGUUCGACAUAUGCCUGAAUAUAUAAAUGAAAAUAGUCGUAAACGUGGACAAGAAGAUGUUACUGGUGGUGGUGGUGCCGGUGCCGGUGGGAGUCGAUUAUUCGCCGAUUGGGAGACAAGAUUAAUUAGUCGCCUUUUUAAAGAAUUCUUCCAUGGAAAUCCUAAGCCUACUGGUGUCUGUGGUACACUACCAUCACUUAGUGAAGUCCGUUCUCGGAUAGCCUCAUCAAAAUUAAAAGAGACCAGAACACCUACAGCUGUUCGGUCAAAAAUCCGUCGAAUGCAAUCCUCUGGUACAUGGUUAAAGUAUCAAUGAGAUUGUGAGAUGAGUUUUGUGUGUGUGUGUUUUAUUUUUGAAGCUCUUCCUCUCUCCGUCUCUGUCCGUUCCUCUCUUUCUGUGCUACAAUUCUUAUCAAAGAAUUCUUUGUGUAUUUAAUUGGACGAUUAUUGACAAUAGUUCAAUUACAAUUUUUUCUAAAAAAGGAAAUAACAACCUGUGAACAAUAAAGAAUAAUAAUAGCGCUCAAGUUAUUAUACAUACAUAUAUAAAUAGUGUUUCAAUUGUGAAGUUUCGUUUUAUUUCUUUGCAUGUCAUAAUUGUUGUUUCAACUCUUUUAUUAUUUUCCAGUCAAAACUCUAGUUUUUAUUUCAAGUGUAUCUAUCAUUCCAGAGUGCGUGUGUGUAUAUGAAUGUAUGCAUGUUGUGAUGUUUUAAAUGAAAAACUGCACACUACACACUACAUAUUUCAAAGCUGUUUAUAGAAAGUAUAUAAUUAAUAUAUAUACAUUCGGCAACAAUCCUUUUCUCAACUGCAAUAUAUAUAUAUAUAUAUAUAAUGUAUA